AUGCCGAAUCAACGUCGUGAUAUUCACACAAUUGACAGGGAGACCUACCCGUACAUUUUUGAAAAAGACGUCACCGUCCCAUUAAAGGAUGGUCAGGUCAUUCGCUGCAAUAUCUAUCGGCCGAAGGAUACCGAGACAGGGUCUCGUUAUCCCGUGUUGGCAACAUACGGACCCUAUGGGAAAGACGUCCCAUAUGAAUCAUUUAAUGCCGAGAAAUAUCACGAGCUCGGUCCAGCCCAUAAAACCGUGCAUUCAUCGUGGGAGACACCUACUCCAGAGUACUGGACAGCCUACGGGUACGUCGUCUUGCGGGCCGAUGAAACUGGCACCGGCCAAUCACCAGGAAAACUGAACCCAUUUUCUGCACAAACAACCGACGCCUUCUGCCAAGUAAUUGAAUGGGCAUCCGAGCAAAGUUGGUCGAGUGGAAAAGUUGGCCUCCUUGGAAUCAGCUACUAUGCAGGGACCCAGUGGCCAGUUGCUGCGCGCAACCCAAAAGGGUUGGCUGCUGCCAUUCCUUGGGAAGGCUACUCCGACAUCUACCGCGACGCAUACCGGCAUGGUGGAAUCUUGGCGAAUCGCUUUCUUCAUCUCUGGUGGGCUUUUCAGGUCGCAUCGAACCAGUAUGGAUUGCCGGGCAAGGCUGCGCGGAACUGGGGACCGGACACCAUCGAAGGUGAUCUAUCAGAAGAGGAGCUGAAAGAGAACCAGGUAUAUCUUCCAGACGUUGCAUCCCAGGCCCGCUAUAACGACGAUGCGGCGUUCAAGGAAAUCGCAUACAACCUGCAGGAUAUCAAAGUUCCUAUUCUGAGCGUGGCCAAUUGGGGUGGUAUCCUACUCCACCUUCGUGGGAAUGUCGAAGGGUUUACUUGGGCUGGGUCUGAGUAUAAGUAUCUUCGUUUUAUCACCGGUCGCCAUGAUCUGCCGUUCUACUUGGAUGAGGAGGUUGAGAUCCAACGAAGCUUCUUGGAUGCCUUUCUGAAAGGCGAUGACCGAGAUGGGUGGACCAGGAAGGGCACCAUCCCUCCCGUGAAUCUUGUGUUGCGAAAGGGAGACAUUGGAUACAACAAUACUCUUGCCGAAAAGACAUUCCCCAGAAGAUUUGAAGCAGAAUGGCCCCCGGCAAGGACUGAGUAUACCAAACUCUACCUCCAUCACGGGGGCGAGAUGCUAUUCACGGAGCCGCAAUCCAUUACUGGCAAGCGAAGUUAUGAGGCGCUGGGCACAGGUCAGCCUUCAGACAUCGUCACCUUCACCACAGCACCUUUUGAGAGAGAGACCGAAAUUACAGGCCAUAUUGUUGCACGCCUCAAUGUUUCCGUCAGCCAGAAGGCUGAAGCGCCAGACCCAUCGGAUUUGGACCUGUUCCUCACGUUGCGGCAUAUCUCUACCAACGGCUCAGAAAUCCUGUAUACAGGGACUACUGGUGAAGGCGCCCCUGUGACUAAAGGGUGGCUUCGAGUCAGUAUGAGAAAGAUCCACCCAGAGCAUCCUCGGCAUCGUGCCUGGCUCCCAUAUAGAGAAUAUGCUGCAGAGGACGUUCUUCCAGUUACGCCUGACGAGGUCUACACAGUUGACGUUGAACUCUGGCCAACAAACGUCGUGGUGGAUGUUGGUAACCGCCUUGCUUUGGAUAUCAGCUCGGGGGAUACUGCGGGCUCUGGUAUUUUCGGUCAUAAUGACCCUAUUGACAGGGCUGAGAGCAUCUUCAAGGCUUUCAAUAAUAUUCACUUCGGUCCAGGGCGGGUGAACUACAUCACCAUUCCCAUAAUUCCAUCUCCCACCACCUGUAAUCGGCUAUCAUCAGCGUGGCAAAGCUAG